UUCCCAGUGACAGUAUUUCCUGACACACUGACAGGGUUGUUAUCACUGGACUUUAACGUGUUCCCGGAGGUCAGUGUGGUGAAAUAAAGGCACUUUUUCACUACAACAUGACAGCAGAAACUUUACGGACGUUGCGGGUGUGUCGGCGUCACUUCGCUCUGCUGCAGAAAUAUUCAAAUCCCACAAAUACACAACUGCUGCUGCACAAAUCCUUCAGCACACAGAGUGGGCGGAGUCUCCGACCAGUGAGGAAGCUGCUGAUUGGUGUGUCAGUGGGUGUUCCUGCGGUGGUCAGUGUGCGCUAUGCUCUCUCUGACCCCAAAGAAAGGAGGAAGAUGAGAAUAUUAAUGGAGGGAACAAGACGCUUCUGCAGAUCUUUGUAUAUCGGAUGUCUGAUUUCGGUGGAUUAUUGGUGGACGUCCAACGUUGUUCUUCGUGGUGUGGAUGAAGAAUGGCCGGAGUUUAAGGCAGCCAUGUCCGCGUGUCACCAGCGGGCGGCAGACAGCAUGGUGGAGGGAGCAGUGAGGAACGGGGGAGUGUACAUUAAACUGGGACAGGGCCUGUGCUCCUUUAAUCACCUCCUCCCUCCUGAGUACAUCCACACACUGCAGGUCCUGGAGGAUAAAGCACUGAACCGCCGCUACAAAGAGGUAGACGCCUUAUUCCUAGAGGACUUCAGUUACACUCCAGAUAAACUGUUUAAGACGUUUGACUACGAGCCCGUGGCGGCUGCGAGCUUAGCUCAAGUGCACAAAGCAGAGCUACAUGACGGGACACCUGUGGCUGUGAAGGUGCAGUACAUCGAUCUCAGGGAUCGUUUCGAUGGAGACAUCAGGACGUUGGAGAUCCUGCUGGAUAUAGUGAAGAUUAUGCACCCGAGCUUCGGUUUCCGCUGGGUCCUAAAGGACCUGAAGGGAACGUUGGCGCAGGAGCUGGAUUUCGAGAAUGAGGGCAGGAACUCAGAGCGAUGUGCUGAAGAGCUCAAGCACUUUAAAUUCGUCGUCGUACCCAAAGUGUUCUGGGACCUGACCAGUAAGCGCGUCCUCACCGCCCAGUUCUGUGACGGCUGUAAAAUCAACAACGUCGAGGAGAUCAAGAGACUGGGGCUGAGUUUAAAAGACACUGCAGAUAAAUUCAUCAGGACUUUUGCAGAACAGAUAUUUUACACUGGCUUUAUACACGCAGACCCACAUCCUGGAAACGUGUUGGUGAGAAGAGGUCCUGAUAAAAAAGCAGAACUUGUUCUCUUAGAUCAUGGACUUUAUGAAAGCCUCAGCAAGAGUGACCGAGCCGCUCUGUGCCAGCUGUGGCGCUCCAUCGUCCUCCGAGACGAAGACGCCAUGAAGAGAUACUCUAACAAACUCGGGGUCAAAGACUAUUUCCUGUUCUGCGAGAUGCUCCUUCAGCGGCCGAUCAACAUGCGUGAGCUGGGUCUGGGGAACAUCCUGAGCCGUGAGGAGACGUCGUACAUGCGCAGUAUGGCCGCUCAGCACUUCGACAGCAUCAUGGAAGUGCUGAAAGCUCUGCCUCGGCCCAUGAUGCUCGUGUUCCGUAAUAUCAACACUGUGCGCAGCAUCAACGUGGCACUCGGAGCUCCUGUGGACCGCUACGGCCUGAUGGCCAAGAGUGCCGUGCGAGGUUGGGGUAAAACCAGAGCAGAUGAGUUGAGGCUUCUGCCCCGGGUCACUGUGUUACGCUGGAUUUGGGGUUUCUGGGAGGACGUGAAGUUUGAAUGUGCUUUAAGGUCAGAGAUGAUGAUGAGGAGUCUGACACGUUCUGUUCUGCAGCUUCUGUCCUUCUGUGGUUUCAUCUCUCUCCAUCCAGACGUUUAUCAGUACCUCAAAUAACCAAAGACUCCAAGAUCUCAGCUUUAGUCUUUUGUUUUUACAUUUUACACUCUUCCAGCAGCAGAAGUGUAACCUCUCACUCGCACCUCUCACUCGCACCUCUCACUCGCACCUCAAACGCUUUCACAUUUAUUUCCCCCUUUUUGUAAUUAAACCCUUCACUAUGCAGACAGUCUGUGCUUUAACCACGAGGGCGAUGUAAUCUAAUAAUAAUAAGAACACUGUCUCACCCUGUGAGCUCACGGCAGACCAGGAGACUCGUCUUUAUUGUAGAGACACGAUGAACGCGAGACUUCGUCUGAUUAAAGUUGUCAUUUAUUGUAAUUCUACACAUUUUAGGGUCAGUUCCCUUCAGAUAGAAACAAACCACUCAGGUGACAAUAACGCAUGGAAGGAGACAACAGUCUCACAUACAUCACACAUCCUAUCAGCAUAACACACGUCAUCAUCAGACGAAACUUCAGCCCUGACGCUUGGUGUUACUUCUUGACUCAGACCUUGAAGUGAAUCAUGAACAAAUGGGACUUGAACAAUGGGACACGUGUCACAGAGACAGAUGAUACCCUGAGUUACCCUUCAUAUUAAUGUGAGACAGGAACCACAAGACUAACGUAAACUUCUACAUGAUUAAUUUACUAGAAAUAAAAUUUAAUAAAACACAAUUCCCACUUUGAGAGCUCUAAUAACUCUUACAAAAGAUUAAAGUCAGUAAUAAUAAAACUAAAUAAAUAAAGUCUUCACCACCGGGUUGUGGAUACUGAAUGUGGGCACCUGACUCGCUGUCCUAGGGGUUUACUAGAAAGAGGAUGGACAACCUCUGGGUUAUAAGCAGGCUGGGCGGGAAGUGACAAGUGACGUGACAUACCUUGCUCAAGGGCACCUCAGUCGUGGUAUUGCCGGCCCGAGACUCGAACCCACAACUUUAAGGUUAGGAGUCAAACUCUAACCAUUAGGUCACGACUCCCCCACAAUUUUCACAUAUCCCAGGUUAUUAUGAGCCUGGGGUCAGAGCACGGGGUCAGAGCGCAGGGUCAGAGCACAGGGUCAGAGCACGGGGUCAGAGCUCAGGGUCAGAGCACAGGGUCAGAGCGCGGGGUCAGAGCACGGGGUCAGAGCGCAGGGUCAGAGCGCAGGGUCAGAGCACGGGGUCAGAGCUCAGGGUCAGAGCGCAGGGUCAGAGCUCAGGGUCAGCCAUAGUGCGGCAGCCCUGGAGCAGGUGAGGUUAAGGGCCUUUCUCAGGGACCCAACGUAGAUGUCUCAGCAGCUUGUGGCUUGUGGGCUUCAACCCUGACCUUCUGAUUAGGAACCCAGCGCCUCGCCUUGACCAUCACGUCCUCACAAAAAGGAAAAAGGGGUCAUGCUGUGAAUUUCUUCUUCUAUCUUGCUGCUUUUUUCUACAAUGCUCUGAUUUUCCACAACAGUUCCACGUCUCCUCUCUCUGUUCUCGCCCCGUCUCUGCGUAGGAAUUAUUCAGGGAUGACUUUUAUCUUAACAUCAGUAUCUCGCUCCCAGAUCGCUGACUUGUCCAGGUUACUUCUCCAUGUCUGAUUAGAACAAGUAAGGUGUAGGAAAGCCAGAGCAUUUCUGUAUUCAGAUGAAAGGCCAUCAAAUCAUGAUCUGACUCCUGACCCCUUAUUAUCUAAUACAUUAUCUGGACUGUUUGCUCUUCCACUGUAUGCGACAGCUGAUCUUUGUGUUCGCUUACGGUUUCUUCCUUUUUCCACACACAGCUCGUGACUCUUUGCUGACACGUGUGAAAUCUUAAUUACAGCAUAAUAUAAAGGUUAUAACAGUAUGUACUGUUAAUAUUCACAGAACCUUCAUAACACUUAAGCUCUGAUUCUGUUAACACCUGAGACGUAAGUGGAGUGAGCUCCAUUAGAGACGUGUUAGAGACGCAGUUUUUUUUGCUUAUGCUCUCCUAAAUUACAACGUGCUGAUGGCAAACUAUGAGAAAGUCUCUCUAAUGCUUCAGGUCCUAAAGCUUUAAUGACCGUUUGCACUUGUAAAGCCGGAGAUGGGCACGGACUGUUUUCUACCUCUUCUAUUCUACAUUGAACCCUUUUGUGCUCCACACACUUCAGGGGCAUUGACUGGCUCAGUGAGGUCACUAAGGGUCACAUCAUCUCCCUCUUGGUUAAACAAAGACUGUAAGGAUGCACGUGUUCUGACUGUGUUGACUUUUGUCUGAAGUCUUGUUGUACCCUAACGUUCUCUAAUGUAGAGGGACCUGACACGUCUCCCUGAUUUAGACUGUAACACAACUCUUCCCUCAUGUACAGGAGGACAAACCAAACUUUAUCACUGCUGAUUGAAAAUGUGUGUUAAUAAUAUAUAAUAAUAAUAAUAAUAGCUAUUCCUGAAAUUUGUCCCAACGUAACAAGAGUCCCAUCGGUUUCACAGCAGUGGGGGCCAAUACUUAUACAAAUCAGAACUUUUACAUAAUUCUGUUUUUAUAACUCAUUUCAGUAUUAUGGGAUGUUUUGCAUAGAUUUCUGAAAUAAAAUCGCAGCUCAAUUCAUUUCCCGGUUGAAGGGGGUGAAAACUUAUGCACAGCAUCGUAAAAGACUCUGCAGUCGUGCAGCGAAGUGAAGAAACUGAUUAUUGUUAAAUAAUUACAAAGCUCUGAAGUUUAAUAUUGUAAUCUGUAGUUAAUGUGAGUUUAACUCUAUUAACCCAAGUGCCUCUGGAUCGUCUGAGUGCAGAAGUAGUUCCUGUGGGAUGUGAUCACCAUCUCAACUCACCUGUGGGAUGUGAUCAGCAUCUCAACUCACCUGUGGGAUGUGAUCACCAUCUCAACUCACCUGUGGGAUGUGAUCACCAUCUCAACUCACCUGUGGGAUGUGAUCACCAUCUCAACUCACCUGUGGGAUGUGAUCACCAUCUCAACUCACCUGUGGGAUGUGAUCACCAUCUCAACUCACCUGUGGGAUGUGAUCACCAUCUCAACUCACCUGUGGGAUGUGAUCACCAUCUCAACUCACCUGUGGGAUGUGAUCAGCAUCUCAACUCACCUGUGGGAUGUGAUCAGCAUCUCAACUGGCUUCCAUCAUGUAACUUCAUUAAUUACUGUUUGACUUUAGUGAUUGUUGUAUUUCACUGUAAACCUGAGACACUGACAGUGACAUGAAGGAGACGUUUGUGUUUAAUAUAAAUGAUUUAUUAAAGAUGUUUAUUCUGA